GAAAUAUUGACGGUUGCCAAACCUGCAAUGCAAUUGGAUUUUGUCCCACUUUCUGGAGUACGCGGGUGAAAUACACUAACGCUUACAUCGACUAAAAAACAGCGUUCGAGGACCUGGCCUCCAUCAACUCGUACGACUACGUGCUGAUCCACAAAUGAAUGCACAACGAUGUUACCAAUAUCAGCCCUCACAUCAGCGACGUCGAUGACACAACGAUCGAUGGCUCGUCGCCUAACUUCUGUUAUGGGUUCAAGAAACCCAUUUAUGGAGCCCUUCAGUGCUCGCGUUAUGCUAAGAAAUAUAUAAACGAUAUCAAUGAAAGAACUCUGGAAAAUGCGGACACCUACGCAUGGAUGAUAUUGAACAACUACCUCAACGCCAAGCUCAAGUGGAACGACUACGGCACCGUCAGUCUACUGUUCCAGAAGCGAAGCCUCCUCUCAGCACGCGAUGAACCCGCCCCUAUCUAUCCCAUCGACGAGACCAACACAAUGGACGACGACCUCAUCGACGGUGACGCGCUCCCUGCGAUCCCCAACGACGUACCAACGAACUGCCCGAGCGAGCCGGGCUGCGAGUCUCUCGGCGCGCUCACACUCGCGGGAUACGAAGUCCUGAGAGCAACGGAAGAACUCGAACCGAUUAGCCCCUACUACUCGUCCGGUGGCUGCAAGCUCUCGAACGAUUGCCGCACUGCUGAUGGAACUAACGUUGCGGCAGCGUGUACUUGCACUUGCGAUGGGAAGCCGUGGGAAUUGACGGAUCCGAUCUGCUCGGGCUUCCAAGGGACGCCCCCGGUUACCGUCGUUCAGACUGUCACUGUUAUUCCCAUUGCAGCUACCCCGGCGCCCUAGUCUGGAAUUGCGACGUCGGGAGUUGCUGUGAAAGUAAGGUAGCUUGCAUAUGUUAGAUCUUCCGGUUUGAACAGACGGAUGUGUCUUGAGGUGUAAAAUAGGUUCUUUAGCGACACAAUUCUUUGUAUAUCUUCUAUCUACUUGUUAAGCAUAGCCGGGUAUCAUGGGAAAAGCGAAAAAAAUAUAGGCAUUUCGGGGUCGUUCAUGUUGGUGGGUUUCUUGGUAAUGGGCACGGUGUCCAUAUUUUUGGAUAAAAUAUAUUGUCUUCUCCAAUGUACAAUCAAUACAGACGAUAGUGGUGUAGGUGGUGGUCGCUCUGAGGUAGGGGUCAUGGAAACCUCGGAAACAG